AUGGCGUGCAACCAUGAGCUCGUCCCGUGCCCUGCUGGGGAGACCGACUGUGAGUCUGUUGACAACAUGCCGGCGCCAAGGGCGGGCAUGGGGUCCUGGGCGAGCCAAAGUAGCGCCUCCUCCUCCAGCUCCGGGUCCAACGACGAGGCUCCACACUGCGCUGGGAGCUUCAAGCGCUGCAGGUCUUCCGUGGACCGCGUGCAAAUCGCCACGGAGGGCUUCCGAGCUUUCCGAGCUUCACAGAAAGGUGGACCUCGACCACAGCGCUUGCCCGACAAGACUUGGGUGACGGCCAAGUAUUGGGGCAUUCGGAAAGAUCAGAUCGCAGAGCUCUUUGAGCUCUGCCAGAUGGAGCCAGACUGGUACGAGGAGAACAGUGUCCAUGACUUCGUGAACACUUUCGUCAAACCUGCGACGGCUGGAACAGAGAUGGGGUAUGCCUUGAUGCUGAACCAGGACGACCCGCAGCAGGUGACCAUCAUGAUUUCUCAUGCCUGGGUCGAGAACACUCGCGACUUUUUCCAGGAUGUGCUGCAGGAGACCUGGGAGAUGGAGGUGGCCUUCAUCUGCUUCCUCUCCAACUUCCAAGGCACCUCCGACCAGAUCAACGCGCAGUUGGGCAACGACAUCCUGAAGAGCCCCUUCACCGAGGUCAUCAACAGCAGUGCCUGCCAGCGUCUGCUCGUCGUGCCGAACGAAGCCCUCAGAGAAAACGGGCAGGGCUUGUACAGCCGGCUCUGGUGCAUCUGGGAGAUCAAGGUCGCCGCAGAUGCAGGACUGCCGAUCAUCAUCGUACCUGAGAAGCAGAGCGAGGAAUACCUGCUUGGAACAUCGACAAUAUCUUCCAAGAAUGCGCGCUGUGGCAAUCCCGAGUUGCCCAUGAACAAGGAUGAAAGGCUGAUACGCGCGGCGAUUGACAACCUGCCACCCCAGAGCGCCCGUUCUCGUGCUGUGGGCUUCUUCGCCGUUUGCUUCUGUGUAUCCUACGGCUGCUGCAUCGGGGCCAGCGUGAUGAAGGACUACAGUGGCUUGCUUAUUGGUCUUGGGGUGGGCCUCUGUGUGGGCAUGUUCUUCAUGGCCUGCAUUGCUGGGGGGGUGAGGAAGUGCGUCUGGAAGCUCCGCGACCGCGAUGGAUAUUACAUCCUGGACAAGGUCAUCCGAGGCUCCGCCAUGGGUGCGUACUCUUGGAGGCGCAUCAGCGUCGAUAGAGACGUUUUGCCUUUGGUCGUCACCUGCGUCGCCUUCGGCAUCAUUUUCAUAUCUUGGCGCUAUGCAUUGUCGCGUAACCCGAUGCACAUUCCUGUGGCGGCCACCGAGGGAAUGGGGGUCGCGGUGCUUCUGUUCUUCAUGACCAAGGUGAACUUGCUGGGUAUGCUGCACGGGACCUUCUUCCUUCGCCGCUGGUCGCAGCUCUUGGCUUCUGCAGUUCUCUUUGCUUCGACUGCAGCGGGCUCUGUGAUUGGCUGGAAGUCAUCGGGGCACUGUGACGGCAUGAUCGGCUUGGGAGCCAACUUGGGCUUUCUCUCGGGAGUUUUCAUCCUCAGCAUGGCGACAAGGCACUGUUUGCAUGCCAUGGCGAACCUGCUGAUGAUUGUCAUCAUGCUGAUGGCAAGAUUCCUCAGUCCGAUUCUCUGGCGAGAGUACUUCCUGAUCCUCUGUGGGGGCAUUGGGCUCUUGAUCCUGCCCGACUGGCGUCAUUGGCAGCGAGGACUGAUCCUUGUCUUGUCCUUGGUGUCGCUUCUCGGCUUGGAGUGUAUCUACGUGCUCUUCGACCGGGACAGCGGCCUGAGCGAACUCUUCUGCAUGAUCAACAAGGCGAGCUUGGCCAGCGUCUACGCCCGCCACGACUGGGGAACCUGGUAUGUGCCAUGA